AUGGGAAGCGGUGCUAGCGCCGAAGACAAGGAGUUGGCCAAACGCUCUAAGGAGCUUGAGAAGAAGCUGCAGGAGGAUGCUGACAAGGAAGCCAAGACUGUGAAGUUACUGCUGCUGGGGGCCGGAGAGUCAGGAAAAAGCACCAUCGUCAAACAGAUGAAAAUUAUCCAUCAGGAUGGCUAUUCAGAAGAAGAAUGUUUAGCAUUCAAGGCAAUCAUCUAUGGCAAUAUUCUGCAGUCCAUUCUGGCCAUCGUUCGAGCCAUGCAGACACUUGGAAUAGACUAUGGGAACACAUCCAGAGCGGAUGAUGGACGUACAUUGAACAACCUGGCAGAUUCAAUUGAGGAAGGUACAAUGCCCCCAGAGCUAGUUGAUGUGAUUAAGAGGCUCUGGGCAGACACUGGCGUGCAGGCUUCUUUCGAGAGAGCUGCAGAAUACCAGCUGAAUGACUCUGCCUCCUAUUACCUCAACCAGUUAGACAGGAUCACAGCUGCAAAUUACCUUCCAAAUGAGCAGGAUGUCUUGCGAUCUCGAGUCAAGACUACGGGUAUCAUUGAGGAGCAGUUCUCUUUCAAGGACCUGCAAUUCAGAAUGUUUGAUGUGGGAGGUCAGCGGUCGGAGCGGAAGAAAUGGAUUCACUGUUUUGAAGGGGUGACCUGCAUUAUUUUCUGUGCUGCUCUCAGUGCAUAUGACAUGGUACUGGUAGAGGAUGAUGAAGUGAACCGUAUGCAUGAGAGCCUGCAUCUCUUCAAUAGUAUCUGCAAUCACAAGUUCUUUGCAGCUACAUCUAUUGUCCUCUUCUUAAAUAAAAAAGAUCUUUUUGAAGAAAAAGUUAAAAAAGUCCACCUGAGUAUCUGCUUCCCAGAAUACGAUGGACCCAACACAUUUGAAGAUGCUGGGAAUUUCAUCAAAAAUCAGUUCUUGGACCUUAACAUGAGAAAAGACAUCAAGGAAGUGUACUCACAUUUGACCUGUGCCACAGACACACAGAACGUCAAGUUUGUGUUCGAUGCAGUAACAGACAUCAUCAUCAAAGAAAACCUAAAAGACUGUGGUCUCUUCUAGACACCCUGACCAAUGCUACCUGCUCUCUUCCUUCUUCGUCACCACCUUCUGAUGACCAUCUGAUCCUAAAUGCCACCAGCGCCAUGACAGGAUUAAAGGAGAUUACCACUGCAGCCACACUGACUAUUACUGAAGGCUGAGGAAAUUGCUGGCAGGAUCCUUUUCUCUGCCCAACUUAUGAGCAAAAUACUGAACUUUGGGUGACAUUUAACAACCAGCUUUUAAUUUUAUAUAGUGCACACCAUUCCAAGGUGCUUUACAAGUACACAGCAAUAGCACAGGAGAUUAUUUUUUUACUGUUAAUG